CUCGCGAAGCCUCUGCUUUCGAGAGGCAUCUCUCGUCUUUUCUCAAUCGAUAGGGAACCGGCCUCUGGAGAUUCUGAAGAAGCUAAGAGAGCGCGACUUGCUGGCAGUGCGAGCCCCUGGACCUCCCCGGACCGCUCGACAGACCAUACAUCAAAGUCAACGGGCUUUCCAUCGGCACUGCAAACCAUGCGACUCGGCGACUUUGCUUUUGUUCUUUUCCUGGCAUCGGAGGGGGUCUCCGCCGCGCCCAGGCCUCGAGGCAAAGCUCUCGCGAUCACGGUAAUCCCCCGCGAGUUCAAGCAUCCCGCGAAACGAAGCCGGCCCUCGGUCGAACAGACAGCCGCCAACGGACGAGCAUGCGGGAACACGGCGAGGCAGGGCGUGUGCGACAACGGCAGAUGCGGCAACUUUGUCGCGCCCACGGGAUUCGACGUGAUACCCGGCGCCGAAUCACAAUGCGGAGGGUCGAAUUCUCCAUGAUGCGUGUGCUUUUUGCAUGUGGGGAACGAUAUGCUUGCUCUUAGUCCACCGAUAAUCCAUGGCGCGUAAUGAAUCUCGGCUGUAUUUACUACC